GGCGGACAGAGACACAGAGCCCCAAAACUGCUGUGACAACCUUUCUAGCUUGCAAUCUUCGGCAUGAUAGUGUUUGUGAAGUUCAACUCCAGCCAAGGUAUCCCCGUGGAGCUGGCCGAGGGGGCGACUGUGGCUGAUCUGAAGGAGGCGGUGGGGCGCCACCAGGGCACCCAGACUGAAACUCUGCGUGUCAUCUUUGCUGGUCGGGAACUGCACAAUAACUGCACCCUGCAGGCUUGUGACCUUCUGGAGCAAACUACAGUUCACGUGGUGCUGCCCUCAUCUAGGCCUGCCCUUGAGUCAGAGGCGUUCCUGCAGAACCGGCUUGGGGAUGGAGUGAACAGUCUGACCCGUCUAGAUCUCAGUGAGUCCAGGCUGCCGACGGCAUCCACUGGACUGCCUGUCGUCCUGGAGACGGAGGAGCACUUUCAGGUGGUGGCACCUCAGGUCACAGAGUCCAAGCCUCGCAGCAGCUUCUAUGUGUUCUGCAAGAGCAUUUGCAGGAGCAUUCAGCCAGGAAAGCUGAGAGUGCGGUGCCAGACUUGCCAACAGGGGACGCUGACUCUGAGCCGAGGUCCAUCUUGCUGGGAUGAUGUCCUUCUUCCAGAUCGGAUCCACGGUGUGUGCCAGUCCCAGGACUGCAAUGGCACAGUGGCGGAGUUCUAUCUGAAAUGUGCAGUCCAUCCCACCUCCGAUGGUGAUGUGUCUGUUGCUUUAAACCUCAUCACUCCUAAUUCACGAGGGGUCCCCUGCGUUGCUUGCACUGAAAUUUUGAGCCCCGUGUUGGUUUAUCAGUGUCCUGACCGCCAUGUCAUCUGUCUGGAGUGCUUCCACUUGUACUGUGUGAUACGCCUGAACGAGCGACAGUUUGUUCACAAUCCUGAGGUUGGCUAUUCCCUCCCCUGCCCAGCCGGUUGUCCCGACUCUCUGAUUAAGGAGGUCCAUCACUUCCGAGUCCUUGGAGAAGAGCAGUACGAGAGGUACCAGCGCUACGGUGCAGAGGAAUGCGUACUACGGAUGGGCGGAGUCCUUUGUCCCGCCCCAGGCUGUGGAGCAGGUCUGCUUCCUGAGAAUGGACAACGACGAGUUCAGUGUGACCACAGCAGUGGGCUGGGCUGCGGGUUUGUCUUCUGCCGCGAGUGUAAACAGGGCUUCCAUGAGGGACCAUGUCAGACAAGACCAGUAUCAGAGGCAGGGGCAGCCCACCAGCAUGACUAUGUUGUGGAUGAGGAGGCAGCUAGGCGUGCCCGUUGGGAGCAGGCAUCCCAGGAGACCAUAGAUGAGACCACUCGUCCUUGCCCAAGAUGCCAUGUUCCUGUGGAGAAGAAUGGUGGCUGCAUGCACAUGGUGUGUCCCAUCGCUCAGUGCAGGUUUGAGUGGUGCUGGCUGUGCCGUGUGGAAUGGAACCGGGAGUGUAUGGGCAGCCACUGGUUCGGCUGAGGACUGGACGUUUGGGGAGUGGCGUAAGCCAGAGGCUCCCUUGUGCCACCACUCAGAAUUUAUUCAUUCAUAUUUCAUAAUCCUAGUCCUCAUGUAUCUCUGUGAAUUCUGGUCUUCCUGUUCAGACUGAGCUCAAAGUGAUGCUGCUUAAACAUAAAUAUCUUUUUGAGACUGUCACCUGAUUUGAAAUAAAAGCUCAUUUUCAGUUAUAGUUCGGAUGCUGCUACAGAGUGUAUAAUAAACCAGUAAUAAACCGUGUGUAUGUGUGUGCGCACAUGCACAUGUCUGUGCAUGCGUAUUUCAAGUUGCGAGUUGGCGAUAUUACAACCUCGCAUGCAGUUAUAUUUUAAGGAAAGUACUGCAGUGCUUUCGGACAGUCAUGUCACC